GCAGGCCAAACAUUCCAUCCCUGGAGAUGCUCCAAGAGGAGCAUCCAGACCUGUGUCCAGUCAACAGAAGCGACCGGCCACCGAGCCUGACUGACCAUGGCCCUGUCAGCUCUGUGGCGCCGCUCUGUGAGCUGGAGAGCAGCCCUGACCCGGCUCGUGCAGCUCUUCCGCUCCCCCCAAACCUCUGGCACCCAAGGCUCAGCCAACCUGCCUCCACCAGCCCCACUGGCAAGCAGCCCUGGUGUUGCUCUUCAAUCAAACACUGCCCGGGGGGGGGCCCAGGGCAGUGGGAAGCCGCUGGCUGGGGCAGACCAAAGUGCCCCCCGGGGUCAACUGCAGCCCUACCACCAUCAGGGCAGAGCAGUGGCCCCGGUCCCACCAGCGCGGCACAGCCAGCGCAGCCCUGCCAGCUCAGCCAACCCCUCCGGGACACCCCUGGGCAGUGGCAGCCCCCCACACAGGAGCACCCCCAUGGAUGUGGACGUCACCCCAGCGCUUAACAUCAGCCUGGCCAGUGACGUCUCCAUGGAGGAGGAUUCCCCCCGCCGCUGCGACCUCUCGCUGGCCAGUGAUGUCGCCAUGGAGGAGGACACCGCCCGUGGCUGCGACCUCUCGCUGGCCAGCGACGUCUCCAUGGCGGAGGACACCGCCCGCGGCUGCGACCUCUCGCUGGCCAGUGAUGUCUGCAUGGAGGAGGACGCCCCCCGAGGCUGCGACCUCUCGCUGGCCAGUGAUGUCGCCAUGGAGGAGGACACCCAGCAGCACGUGGGGACACGCCUGCCACCACCGCAGAGCAGCGUGUCCCCACACGACACCAAGCUGGAAAGGCGGGGGACAAAGAGGAAGGGGGGCUCUGAACCAGGGCCUGCCAGCAAGAUCAAGGCCACCGCAGCUGGGGCUGGGGCAGAAAGAUUGGCUGAGGCCUCUUAA